UAUAUAUAUAGAAGGGAGGCAGGCGGCGCGUCACAGUGUCAGCGAACGUCAGUUACGUCGGAGUGGAUGCGGGUUAUCUUCGAGCACAGUAAUUAUCUAAAGAUGCUGUCCAUACAAUUUGUCCGUAGUAGCCAAUCGCGCAUAAUAGCGAGAUGGUUUACUCGUAACAGUAUUACACGAUCCAAUCAAGUACCAAAAAGCAGUGGGGACAUAAAGAAUGAUGAAGUCUUAGGAACGAAGAUGCAUCGCGUAACCAAUUUUGACAGGCGAUUGUUGGUUUGGGUAAAACGAUAUCCCAGCUUUGCAGAAGUUCCCGAUGAAGUUUCAGUUGAUUGUCUGCUAAACUCGAGGAGUAAAGCUCGAAUUAAGUCCACUAACUAUUUAAUGGUUGCAGCCGUGAUCGGCUGCAUAGGUGCCGUGAUACUUGGGAAAAGAGCAGCUGAUAAGGGAGAAAAUUUGCACAUGAUGAGAGAUCAGUGGUUACAGGAAAGGCUAGAGAAGGAUAAAAAUAAAUAGACACGCCAAAUUGUAAAAUUUUAACACGCUCACUCGAUGAAUGCGGAAAUAAGUUAGAAUUAUUUAGGAUACAAUAUUUUUGAAAGGGCACGAGAUGUUGUGAAACAAUCUCAUUGCCGGUAUUUUAAAGUGAUAUUACUUAUGAUAUUUUUCAUGAAGCAAUAAACGUUUUUGGUUUGA